GGAAGGUUUGCAAAAUUGACAAUAAAAGUUUUCAAGACGCCAUUUUGUGCUUGAUUAUAACGUGAUUGCAUCGCAGAAGAGUUUUUGUGAUAUUAGCAGUAAUUUUAAGAUAUAUUGUGUGUAACGUAGUGUUCCUUUAAUAGUGUAACACAGAACCUAAAAUGCCGGGCGCCGGUACUUUCAAAAUCUUCGUCGGGAACCUAUCCGAUAAAACUACGGACGCCGAUCUGAGACCGCUGUUCGAAAAGUACGGUACGGUCGUAGAAUGCGAUAUCAUCAGAAAUUACGGUUUCGUGCACAUGGAAAACGAGCAAGUCGGGCGCGAGGCCGUUCAGAACCUCAACGGCGAGAUCGUGAACGGGCAAGCGAUCAAAAUAGAAGCGGCCAAGAGCCGCAAGGCGCCGUCGACGCCGACCACUAAAAUCUUCGUCGGUAACCUCACGGACAAGACGCGCGCGCCCGAGGUCCGCGAGCUGUUUCAGAAGUUCGGCACGGUCGUGGAGUGCGAUAUCGUUCGGAACUACGGCUUCGUGCACCUGGACGCGACGGGCGACGUCAACGAGGCCAUCAAGGAGCUCAACGGCAUGAACGUGGACGGCCAGCCCAUGAAGGUGCAGCUCAGCACCAGCCGCGUGCGCCAGCGCCCGGGCAUGGGCGACCCCGAGCAGUGCUACCGCUGCGGGCGCGGCGGCCACUGGUCCAAGGAGUGCCCCAAGGCGCUGGGGCCCGAGCGCAACGGCUUCCGCGAGCGCUUCGGCCGCGACCCCUACCCCCCGCCGCCGCCGCCGCCCUUCCUCCGCGACCGCAUGAUGGGAGGAUUCGGGGACCCUUACGAUGGCUACUAUGACCGCGCGCGGUUUGACUCGCCGAGGGAUUUGUUCGAGCGGCGCUACCCAGUGGGCGCUUCCCGGGGGCUAGAGAUGGGAGCGUCGCGCGCGCGGGGAGACUUCGCGUCGCCGCCGCUGCGCCGGGAACCGAUGCCGCCGAUGCCCAACCUGCCCCCGAUGCGAAGCAGCAUGGGGUCUAUGAGGUCCUCGUAUGAUAUGUAUAGUAGACGAAGCCCCCCACGUGGACCGCAGAUGUCCCGAGGGAUGUAUGAAGACUUCAGCCGAGACACCUUUGAUGACAGAAGGCCGGGGAUGCGUGGACCCUCGCCGUCUAGGAGAUACGCGCCUUACUAAUAGUGAAUAAUUUAUAUCUUGACUGGUGUGGAGCGUUACUUUGACUAAACCCACUGUACCACCGCCUAGCAACCAUACAGUUGGUAAUACCAUCUCAAUACAUAUGCUCAUGAUGAUCAUCAUGAUUUGAAAGCUCAAUUUUUUAACUCAAAACAACGAAUAUGGCUUUUCAAUAGGCAGAUAUACAAAUCUCAGGAUUUUAGGAUUUUUAAAUACACUUUGGUAACUGUCUAAAUGUUCUAAAUACUUUUUUGUUUUGUCAGUCGCAAUAGAUAUGGUUACACAUUAAUGGAAAUGGGAACAUAUUAAAUGUUGUUCAAAUCCUACAAGUAUAGGUGUUUAAAAAAUAAGUGAAAUAGUACAUUAGAGUCCAGGAUGGAAAUAAAGUGAUUGCGGGUCAAGUAAGAUUGGAUGGGCGAGGUGGAACCGAGCGAGGACAUCCCAAGUGAUGGCACCUUGUCCUUUUUAACCGACUUCGAAAAUAGGAGGAGGUUCUCAAUUCGUCAGAAUCUUUUUUUAAACUAAACGAGGUCGCUAGUUGCAUUUUGGCCGUGACUUGUAUAGUACUACUUUUCUCCCAUUUGCGAGGAAAUAUUAAAAAACUUUAAAAAAUUAAAAAGGGACUUAUAAGUCAGAAUAUUAAUAAAAUUGUGUGCCAAAAAACUUAAUUUUGUUAGUGUACAUUUAAAGCACCUUGUCAGCAGUAUGAAACUGUCCAGCAAUUUCUAUUAUUGUCCUGUUGUAAAUUGCUGGCGUGAGUAAAGAUCUGAUUACUGUCUUGUUUUUUGGUACUGAAGCCUGAAGCCAUUUCCGAGCAUGUGGCAAUAGUUAUUUGUUCAAAAAGAUAGCAAAAUUCAAUUUUGUUGCGAGUGCCUAGUUUGAACCCCGAGCGGGCGAAGGACCUUAUAAUAGAAUCACGAGCGUAGCGAGUGAUUCUAAGUUAGAAUCCUGAGUGUAGCGAGGGGUUCAAAGGCACAAGAAAUAAAAAUUUUGUUAUCGUGUGAUACAUACAACUUUUCACCUCGAUAGCGAAAACGCAAGAUCUAAGAAAAUAAUUAUUUAUUGAAACACUAAGAUAUUUUUAUAUUCAUGUAUAUUACAUGUUUAUAUGAUAAAACCAGUUUCUGAGUAGAUCUUCACACUUUUUAACAAAUUUCCAAUCGUUAAAUAAUUCAAAGGCUUUCAAGUAUUUUUCACGCCACUUUUCCGGAACAAAGUUUAAUUCAGCGUUAGAC